AUGAACCUUAAGCAGACAUUACAUACUGACAAUUACAGUGAUUACAAUGAAGCAUUCCAUCCAACUAAAAUUGAAGUUGACAACUUACAUUCCGACAUAGAAUGUGAUGACAUAGAUGUAGACAUUAGCUCUGAACGGGAUGAAACUUGUAAAUGGAAAAGGGGUCCAUAUAUAUACUACUCUGAGGUACAGAAACAAAUAUUCUGGAAAUUAGUUAUCGAGCAAGGGAAUUCUGCGUAUAAGGCUGCACAACCAAUAGUGAGGUUCGUAAAGUUUUCAAUUUUCAGUGUCGAGAUUUAA